AUGGAUGGGUAUUUCAAACACGGGUGGGGUCAACCGAUGAACCCGGAAACGAAUAUCACAAGUACUAUAGCAAAUCUCGUGAACAAAAGCGGAUGUGGCCAGGCCAGAUGGGUGGGCGGUGGCAAGCGAUGGAGCCACGACAGCGAAACAGCCAUGCUAGAUUGA